AUGUCUGACGCGGCGGCCAUGACCGUUACCCCAGGCGGGUUGAGUGCUCGUGACGGAGAAAUCGCCCUUGCCGCUCUUCAGUGUGUCAAAGGUGGUGAGAUCCAGAUUGACUACUCGGCGCUCUGCAACAAACUUGGCUUCAAAAACGAGGCUUCGGCUCGAUCGGCCUGGUGCUCAGUCAGAAGAAAGAUCGAGGCAAAGGCGUCAUCCACUGAUGAACCAGGCACUGCUCCAAAGGCCAAAACCCCUCGCAAAGCCAAAGACCCGAACACCGCUACGCCGAAGUCAGGCAAGGCAGCUCCCAAAGCUGGUGACCAUGAUUCUGCUGAUGGUGAGAGCAAUGAUGCCUCUGCUGGUGCUGUAGACGGUGAAGUGAAUCAAUCUGAAGAAGCCCGAACUACUCCCAAGACACCUACCACACCCAAGAAGCGCGCUCGCAAAACCAAAGCCGAAAAGGAAGCUGAGGCUGCGGCGAACGGUGAAGCGGCGACUGGCGAAGGCGACGAAGACGAGAAGCCGCCAGCCAAGAAGCGUAGGACCCCGGCCAAGAAGAAGGCCACCGAAAGUGAGGUCAACGGAGAAAACGAGGGCGAGACUAAAGCUGCUGCUGCCAAAGGAAAGAAGGCAGCCGCUUCGCGCAAAACUGCCACACCAGCGACUGACAAAGCCCCGACUCAAGCUGGCUCCGGUGAGGGAGAACUCGCAACCGUAGAAGUCAUCGAGAAGAAAGAAGAGAAUGGUACUUCGGGAGAGCCAGGUCCUGCCGUUCCUGCCGUUUCUACUGGGACUGCCAACACACCCGAAAAUGGAUAUAUCGGUGAACACGCCCCUGAAGUGAAAGCGGUUGUGGCCGCUGCCGCGACUGCUCACAAACUGAUUUCACCCUCUGACUCAGCAAACGGUCAGGAGUCUGAGCUUUAA